UAUAAUAUUUCACAUUUGAUUGGCGUAAAACAGAAUAUAUUACAAUAACUGUGAGCACCGUUGGAAAUUCGAAGUACACAUGCGAGAAAAUCUUAUAGCCAGCUUUACUCCAACACAUAUCUUUACGUAUCGAAAUAAAUAAUACGAUUCCCCUUUGUUUGGCUGACAACGGGACAUUUAUAAAUACAACACUUCGUUUUUGACCUUAUUAAAUUAAGCAGUAAAACCUACAAAACAUUUUUUUGAAGUAUGAAUACCAUUAUAAUAAAAUUUAAGAGAGAUAAUGUAUAUAGGUAGUAAACUAUAGUUCUCAAACCCAUUAAAGCAAAUAAUAGCAUUUACACCAAUACAAACAAGAAGUUAGAAUAAAUAUUUAUGUAUAGGUAGUGGCAAUGAAUCAAAACCAAAUGAUUGAUGCAGUGAGACAAAGAUCAAUGGUCUGUCUCUACAAUUAUUGUGGUUUCUUGUUUAGUAUUGUUGAGUGUAGGCUUGGGUUUGGGCCUUAGGGUAUGAUAAUUGGUAAUGUUGCAGACAUGCUGUUGCGGUUAGAAUUGGUCAAACGGAAGCAUGCGAGGGUAAACUAAUUCAGAGAUAUAACUCCAAUUGGUUAAUAGCUCUGUUAUUUUGCUGGACGCAGUGCAUCACCAAAAUAUAGAAGAAUCUAAAAGGACAGGUCAGCAAUAAAUUAAAAUACAGAGUCAAAGGAUUGACGCAAGCUCCACGUCAAGAUUGCACGGGAGACACUGCAUUUUACAGCGAUGAAGAAAACACCGAAAACAUCACUUGCGAUAGUCGCCGGCGGGAAAUAUAUAAGGACGCUGCGUUUACAUUUCUUUGUUUUGUUCCUUAGAUUUUGGUUUUCGCCGCUGACGCUGCGUCCCGCAAAAGAACAGACCUAAUGUAGUUGCCAGAACGUUAACUAGGUGAGGUGCUGUUGUUUGGUUCAUGUUUUAAAACAAGACCUUAUAUAUUCCUUGUUAAAUGAUAUAUAAAAGUUCGAUUUUGCAUUAUUCUUGUGUUCGAAUGAAAUUUUACGAGGGAAUUUUUGCGGACAGGUACGCAGGAUCGACACUGAAUCUAAGCAACAAAUGUUUGGGUUUGACACCUCAUAAUAUAUCUAAAAUUUCAAACACUGGGGGAAAUAUAACAUUACAUCUGUUCUGAAGGAGCUGUGAGAAUUCAAAUCCUUUCUGCUUCAUUUUUUCAAAUUACUUUAUAUAUGGAACAACAUUGAUUUAUGAGUUCGGAGCAAUAUUUAUUGAUAAACUAUUAUUAUUGUGUGUCAAAACAAUUAAGACUAUUGUUGUAUGUUAAAUUAAACUAGCUCGAAUAACACCCCUAGCCCAUAGUAUUUAAAUUUUAUUGAAUAGAUGUUGGCAUACUGUUGGAAUGAUCAAGUCAUGCUAAUAUUGUGAAAACCAAUAAUUUUUAAUUUGCGUCCACGACUACACUAUUCUCUACAAAACCAACCUACCAACGUGCCUCGCACGAGUUCCAGACUUAAAACAUAUCUCGACGUGCGUCCUUGUAUCCUACAACGUUAUACCAUAAUCUCCUAAAGAUUAUAGACUCGUUACACCAUUUGCCUUCAAAUAAACAUUUUCUUUCUCAAAGAGAAUCACGCUUACCAUUGGAGAAAGCACAAUGGGGUUUCUCCUUCCGAUCUUAUUAGGAGUUUUCCUCUUAUUCACAGCUACGCCACCGUCCUUGUCUCAGUUCCCUCCGGAGAUAGACCCUCCGGCGCCAGCGCCGAUAUCACCCUCAGAACUCUGCAACGGAAUAUUCCUCUCCUACACAUUCAUUCUCGGUCGUCAGAUCCCUCCAAACGACACAACCGACCAGCCGUAUCGGUUCGAGUCAGUACUAACGGUUCUCAACAACGGCCGUGAAGAGCUCAAAGAGUGGAGAGUGUUCGUUGGUUUCCAACAUCACGAGAUCCUUACUUCCGCCAGCGAUGCGAUUAUCGUCAACGGGACAGAUCUUCCUGCUCCGGUAGGAAACGGCACCAUCUUCGCUGGCUAUCCUGUUUCUGACCUCAAAACGGCCAUUCAAACGGCUGGAGACUUAAAACAGAUGACGGCUACGAUUGAGCUGGUAGGGACUCAAUUCAUGGUGGCUCCUCCGGCCAUUCCAUUGCCAUCCAAUAUAUCGCUUGUUAACGAUGGUUGGAGCUGUCCUGAGCCAACCGCUACUCCUCUAAGUAAAAGACAGAUAACGACGUGCUGCAUAAGAGACCCAACCUUUGAAGUCAACACAACAACCAUCACGGACAAGUUCCUUCCACGACAACCCGGAGACUUGACCAUAAUGUACGACGUGAUCCGAGCCUACGACCAGAACUACCUAGCCGAAGUAACCAUGGAGAACCACAAUCCACUAGGCCGGCUCGACCAUUGGGAACUAAGUUUCGACUGGAUGCGAGAAGAGUUCAUACAGAAAAUGCAAGGAGCAUAUCCAACGGUCGUGGACGCCACAAAAUGCAUCUUCGGUCCACAGUCCCAGAUCUACACAGGACUAGAUUUCGCCGACGUUCUCACAUGUGAGAGACGGCCCAUCAUUGUGGACUUACCUCCAACCAAAGCAGAGGACCCGGUUCUAGGUAAAAUCCCUUCUUGUUGUAGAAAUGGUACGAUCUUACCACGAACCAUGGACCCUUCAAAAUCAGCAUCAAUCUUCACCAUGCAAGUCGCCAAAAUGCCUCCUGAUUUUAACCGGUCCGCGCUAUCCCCGCCUCAAAACUGGAGGAUCAAAGGAACGCUUAACCCGGAUUACUCAUGCGGGCCACCUGUUCGGGUCAGCCCGACUUUGUAUCCGGAUCCGAGCGGUAUGCCCACCAACAAAACGUCUUUCGCCAGCUGGCAAAUAGUAUGCAACAUCACACACGCCAAAACUGAAACACCAAAAUGCUGCGUUUCCUUCUCAGCUUUCUUUAAUGACUCUAUCAUCCCUUGUAACACAUGCGCUUGCGGUUGUGUUUCGGAAACGCGGCGCACAUGCAGCGCCGAGACUCCCUCAUUACUCAUCCCUCCAGAUGCUCUUUUAGUACCUUUCGAGAACAGAACAUCUCUUACAGUUGCGUGGAACGCACUCAAACACAAAACCAUCCCUAAUCCAAUGCCGUGUGGUGACAACUGCGGCGUCUCGAUAAACUGGCACAUAGCGACAGACUACAGAGGUGGCUGGACCGCGAGGAUCACCAUUUUCAACUGGGGAGAAAUCGAUUUCCCUGACUGGUUUCUAGCGGUUCAGAUGAAGAAACCAGCCAUUCGUGGAUUCGAGAAAGCGUAUUCGUUCAACGCGAGUCUCUUGAGUAUAGAAGGAGGUGUUAACAACACCAUUUUCAUGGAAGGUCUUCCCGGUUUGGAGUAUCUUGUGGCUGAACGUGAUGAGUUAGAUCCGAAGAAGAAACUUAGAGUUCCUGGUAAGCAACAGUCUGUGAUACAGUUCAGUAAGAAACUUACACCGGGGAUUAAUGUGCCGGAACGUGACGGAUUUCCGGCGAAAGUUAUAUUCAACGGAGAGGAAUGUUUGCUUCCCGAUGUGCUUCCACUUCCAAGUGGUGGAAGAAGAAAUGGGUUUGAUACUAUGGUUUUGUUGUGUAUGAUGAUUUUUGUUGUGGCGUUGGUAAUUUAAUUGUGAUCUUUCUAGAAUUUAUAUAAUGUGAUUUUCUUGAUUGAUUAGUUUGUUUUGUAAAAUAAAAUUGUUCAGUUGACAAAAAAAGAAAAGUAAAAUAAAAUUGUUCUUUUACUCAAUGUGGCUUUGAAAAUCAAUAUUGUAGAUUUUAAGUUUUGCUUCUUUUUUUUAUUAGUACAACAUUUGACUCGCUCACUCUUUUGUUAUUGUAUUUCUUAUCGAUUAAAUAUUUUUGGUUUACUGAUUCGAUUUCAGGAAAUAUUAUUAGUUUGGAAAUUGUUUUGUUGAUUACCCAUUCAUCUUCUAUUAAAAUAUUAUAACUAUUUUAAAAUUAAAUAGUUCUAUAACAAUUAUGAUUACUAUUACCUUUUGUUUCUUAGAAAAACCAAAUUAUACAAGUUCUCAACUUAAUUUUUUUUUCAAUUUUUUUAAAAAAAAAAAAUUGAAAAGAAUGGAUACUCAUCCAAAAUUUUUUCAGAGUAUCCCAUAUGAGAUUUUUGUGGAUGAGUAUUUGUGAUACUCAUUCUUUUAAAUACUAUUAUUAUCUUAAAUUUUGAGGAAAAAAAAACUCUUUUUUGUGCACAAGUUUUGUUAGAAACUCAAAGUUCAAACUGAUUUUAGCCAUUAUAUGAUAUUAACAUGUAGUCUGACAAAUUUGCAUCCGGCAAAUUCCCGUAGGAUGCUUACCCCAUUUUAACAAAAUAAUUGAUAUUAUUGUUAGAUUACAAAACUAAUACAAAGAACUUAGACAAAAUUAUGAGACUCCAUACAAAAUCUUCAAUUGCAUUGGAGAUUCCGUAUAAAACUGUAUCUUGCAAGAUUACGUACUCAUGUACUCAGUUGUACAUCUAAGAUAAAUAUUGUAACUGUUUAAACAUUAGACGAUAAAAAAGCAACAAAUUAAUCAUUUCAUAGUAUUCAUAAGCGCUCUAUCACCAUAUAAUAAAGAUUAGAAAUAAGCAUACUGGUUUACUUAGUUUGCUUUUUGGUAAAUGAAAAUUUGCCAAUUUGAACCAAAAUAAUUACGGCUCUGUUCGAUUCAUUUAAGUUAUUUUUUUAAAUAUAAUUUAGUUAUCGAUUUAGACCGAGUAAACGAGUUUUUUAAAUUUUCAGUUAUUCAAUUAGCUCUUUCAAAGUAUUGGUAUAAAUUAAAAUAGUUGACAAAAAAACCAAACUAACUUAACAAAUUGGUGAAUCAAACAACUAUUUCUAAAAUCUUUUGAACUGAACUAAAAACAAAUUUUAUCGGUUCGACAAAUUCAAUUUGGUUUAUUUCUGCAUGCCUAGCUAAUAUCAUCUAAAGUGUUAUUAUUAAUAUAUAUAUCAACAAAACAUUGGUGAAAUUAUAAUAAAAUAAAAAUAUUUUUUUAGGAUAGAGCAAUUGUUAAAAACAAAUAACAGAUAAAUCAGAGCGAAGUAAAAUAGUCAAAUCUUGAAAAUCAGGGGAAAAUCUACACAAAUUUCUUGACACAGAAACAAAAAGGGGAAAAAUGAAAAAAAUGCACACAACUAAG